CUUGGGCAGCCCUGCUCGCCGGCGCUGUGAUUGGCCACCGGCGGGCGGGUGGCCGUGAUGCGGUAAAGAUGUCGGCCGGCGAACAGUGCUCGGUUGCUGUGGAGAAAGAGCGGUGGGAGCCGCUGUCCUUGACGCACGUCGAAUAUCCCCCAGAUGACCUUGCAGGAAAGGUGCUUGCAUAUUUAAGUCUCGUACCAGUAUUUAUCCUUUUUGGUUUCGUCACGCUCAUCGUGUUUAAGAGGGAGCUGCACUCUAUUUCAUUCCUCUGUGGUUUGGUACUAAAUGAAAUCCUCAACUGGGUAAUUAAGAAUGUGAUCAAAGAGCCCAGGCCAUGCCAAGGUGCUCAUCGGAAUUUGUUUACAGAAUAUGGGAUGCCCUCCAGUCAUUCCCAAUUCAUAUGGUUCUUUUCCAUCUACUCACUUCUAUUCCUUUAUUUAAGAAUGCACCAAACAAACAAUGCUAGAUGUUUAGACCUGUUGUGGAGGCACGUUUUAUCCGUUUGUUUGCUGACUUUGGCAUUCCUCGUCUCCUAUAGUAGAGUCUAUUUGAUGUACCAUUCCUGGAGCCAAGUGAUAUAUGGAGUCAUAGCAGGCGGGGUUAUGGGAGCAACCUGGUUUAUCUUUACACAAGAGAUACUAACGCCACUCUUCCCUAGAAUAGCUUCAUGGCCAAUCUCAGAAUUCUUUCUGAUACGGGAUACAAGUCUGAUUCCAAAUAUUCUCUGGUUUGAGUACACAGUCACAAGAUCAGAAGCACGAAACAGACAACGGAAAUUGGGUACCAAGAUGCAGUGAUGCAAAAUCAGCAUAUUUUACUUGAGGGCAAGACUGGUGCGGAUCUCAAAGGAAAGGAAAAUCAACAGCAACAAAAACAUGUCAUUUGAAAAUUCAUUAUUUUUUGGAAGAUGAUCAAAGGCAAGCUGAGACAUACGUCAGCAGUCUAGACACCCUCUGUGAUUGCAGUCAGUAUUGAUAUAGCUUGCUGUUAGCUUUCUACUGCAUGUUAGAUCACAUCGGUACUGGACUGAACCAGUUUAAAUGAAGCACGCGCACACAGUGCCAGUGAAAUGUGAUAUUAUUGCAUCUGAUUUGGGAAUAUGAUUUUUAUUUUGAAGAAGGGCAGCAGGGGAAGGGGCAUACUUCACAUUGUGUGAAUAUGAAAUAUAUCAAGAGGAAAGGAUAUUUUUAUGACACUGGUUUGAAAACAAAUAUUGGAAGAGAAGAAGGAUGUUUAUGAAUUGUCAAUCAGGUAUCUGACAUAUUAGGGUUAAUACUGUAGCAGCCAGAAAUACUAUAAGGGAUCAUGUUGCACUUUAGGAAAAUCAGAUUUAAAAAAAAAAAACAUUAGUGAUAUAAAUGGGAAAACUGAAUUUUAUUUUUCCCAUUGGUUACGAUUAUCUGUGGCUUUUAAGAAGUCUUUGACUAAGCAGAAAUUGGCAUUUUUUUACAGAAUCAUGUUAAGGGGCUAGAUGUGUACAUUCUGACAUUAAUGUCAUUGAGCCACACAGAAAAGGGAUUGUUAGUGUUUUGUCCUCACCACCCCCCCCCCCCCCCCUCCCCCCCAACUCCUAAUGCUCUCUACAUCUUUGGUUCAGGCCUUUCAAUUUGAUUCUCUAUUAUUCAAAUACAAAAUGUUUUGGCAAACUGACAGUUAGAAAUUAUUGUGCAUUUCAAAAAUAGGCACUUUACCUGGGACCAGAGUUAAUGCUAACCCUAACAUGAGCUUUGAAGUGAACAGGGAUUGGAAAGACCAGGUUGUCUCAGAAUGGUAUGUGUGAUGGUCUUGGGUGUCCUCUGCAUCAUGUUGAUAUAUUCACGUAUACAAAUACUAACCUCAACUUCUACCCACACCUCAUUGCUGCAGCAGCAAUAUGCUGAGUUUAUUCUGGUAUUGAGGCGGGGGCUGCAAUUUAUUCUGAAUUCAAGAGUUGCAUCCAGUGUGAAAAUAUGUUUUUUUCAACUUUCACAUGCUUAUCCCACACUGAAGUGUGAGCAGGUUAAAAGUAUUAUUUCCUUUCUCCACAGACAUUGUUGAUUUUGUCACUUAAACGUAACCCAUACAUGGCCAUUCCAAACUAAAACCACCAAGUUCUGCUUUUACCAAUGUAACAGUGAGGUAUGUCUGUUUUACUUUACUGCAAGCCUUUGUGUCUGCUGUAGUGCACAGUCCCCUCUGAGUCACUAAAGGUUCUGGGUUCACUUGGCACUCCAGACACCUGAGCGCAAACUGAGGAAUUGCUGCACCUUUAAGAGUGACAUGUUUUGGAUAGGCUUUAAAUCAAGGUCUCAUCUGUUUUCUCGGGUAGAUGGAAAAAGAUGCUCCAACAUGCUAUGUGCCAUAAAGUGCUCUGGUUGGUCUUGCAAAAGGCAUUCUUUGUCUUCAGUGAAAUGUGCUAGGGUAAAAUUUCCUGGCAUUGUGGUGCCAUCUCAUUUCUCAUAGAGUUCUUGAGCAGUAAAAGCAUGGAUCACAUUGACCCUCACUGCCCACAAGUGGUACAAACAUUAAACUCCCUGAAUUGCCAUCUAAGUUUGAAUCAGGAAACAGCCUCUUAAUUUUAAACCGGGCAUUUAGCUGCUCUUUUUGUUUCUACAGCCGAACUCUGAGAGAACGUGUGCUGUCAAAUUUUGCUCAUGCAUGGGUGCUUCAACAUUCACCUAACUUCCACCUUUAACAAUUGUGGCACAUAUGCUAAUCCUAUAUAACCAUGGUGAUGAGGAUUUCACUUGAUCCCGUCAUCUUUUCACACAUUAGUAACCCAAUGGGAAUAUCAGUUCUCUGGGUUGUUAGUUUGGUGAACCUCUAAUGCAGGAUGAGCAGCGAAUUAUGUGGGGCAACAGGUUGUACCCCCUUGCUCUCAAGGAAACUCAUCUGGGAACAACACAACUUUGCGAUGUUUCUCUGAGCUUGUUGAUUAUCAAGAUGAACCCAAUGCUGUUUAGAGAUAGGAAAUGACAUUCAGCACAUGUACUACAGUGAAUGAUCACACAACUAAAAAUGGAGUUCAGAUGCUUGACGUACAGACCAUUGCUAGUGAAUGAUUUAUUUUCAAUCUGCUUUUAAAACAAAACCACAAAAUUCCAAAACGGGUUAUGUCAGUAUUUUGGGUAGUACCUAGGUGGAAUAAUUUUAUGUUUUUAGCAUUUCAAAAUGCAAUUAUGAAUCAACUGAUAUUUUGAUUAAACAAUAAUUGCUUUCCUGAAACAUUUCUCAUUUAAAAUAAAUGUUUUGAAAUUAAUGUUUUUGGACACAUAAAAAAAGAUAAUAUUUUGGGAGGAGAGGGUUUUAUUUUGCACGGUUUAAGUGGAAUUGUCUUGACUUUCCAAAAGUAAUUUUCUUCCUCCCUCCAAAUGUUUGUGCACUGUUAGUCCAAGAGUCGAGCUUGAACUUGUUGACCAGAUACCAUAUUCACCGCAUGGAUGAGUUCAUUCAGAAAAAUGUAUUUUAAAUCUCAACUCUGAGGAAGGGUAUGUGAAGUGACUGUCUGAUUUUGUUCAUAGGUAUCAAGGUCACUGACAUGGAGAUUUGCACUGGUGUUCUUUGUUUUUUUUGGGUUCAUUCUCAUUUUAAUCUGAUGUAUUUACAAUGGUAGUGCUUUGCUUGUUAGUAAGUAAGCUUAAGUAUGGAGACUUGGACAGACUAAAAUCAACGAAGCCAGUGUAAGAGUUAUGUCAAACCAUUGACUCAGUAGUAGAUUUUUAAAUCACAGGAUGGUGAAAGCUGCUGAUGCUUCUGCAAUUAAAACCCCAAUUUCACCAUGUGUGACAGUACCAACUGGUAUAGUUUAGUUAUUGGUAUUUAUUAUUGGUUGGCUUCAUGCUUAACUCUUUUUGAUUUCAACAGCCAUUGAACUACAAUAUUAUUUUCUGUGUGGACAAACUGGAGGCAGCCAUGUGGUUGUUAUUAGGUGGCAUGGUGGUGAACCGUGAGAACAUGGCGAAACUUGGGUCCAAUAUUAUUUCAGCUGCUUUAAUGAUUGAAUGGCUACCACACUUCCCAAUCUAGGAACUAAAUGGAAAUCAAGAACAUAGGAGGUGGACGAAUAGAGGCAUCAGCCCCCUGACAAUAAGAAUGUGGGUGCUUAUCAAACAUGGUUGGUGCUACACACAGGUAGAUGAUUUAGCAGUGAAUGCAAAGGAUUAACGGUUGGAUAAAGUACUUUGCAUUGAUAGAACUAUCGCUCUCGUAAAGGGACCAAGGGAAAGGAGUAGAGUGGAAUAUUAUGGGAAAUGGCUCUUGGUUUCUGCUGCUAGGUGGAGUUUUGCAUGCUCUCCUUGUAACUCUGGCCGCUUGCGUUUCCAGAUUUGCUGGUGGUAGGAUGAUUGGUUGUAGUAAAUAAUCUCUAGUAUAGAGUUGAUGGUGGGAGAAUCAGGGUGAAACUGUGGGAGCAAAGAUGGGGUAGAAGGAAAUAAGUGGUGGAGUGAGUCAAUUGGGAUUGCUCUGAGGGGCAGCAUAGAUUUGUUGGUCUGAAUAACCUAUAUCAAAAAGUAUGAAGUAAUAAUAGUAAGAACUGACAUGAGGGCAGUAUGUUUUUUUUGAAGUAAUGCACUUAAUGUUUGGAUCUUGCCUUUUCACAAUUUUUUUAAAACAAUUCGUCUCAUGCACAUGCUCAUUUAUUUAUUCUCUUUCACCUUUCCUCACUUUCACACCCAGCAGAUAUUGAUCCUGUCUAUUGUAAAGACUGUACACUUAAACGUUCAGUGAAUUUGCAGAAGAGAGUAGUUGUACUUAUCUUGGUUAGCUUAAUCUUUUUAGAUUUGGAAAAGCACUGUGAUGCUAUGGAUGUUUGUGAUUGUAUUUCUUUUGUGUGGUGUGUUGAGAAGUUUUAAGUAUUUUUUAAAUUGUAAAAUGUGUUUUGCUCGAGUUAGUGCUUAUAUAGCUUCUUUCCAUUUCUGGUCAUGACCCUCAAUCCUUUCCUUUUUGUGACUUUACAGCAGUCCCUCAUGUUUUUACAUUUGUAUCAACAUUGUCAUCUGCAGCAAAAUUCUGGCAAUUCUGGUAGUCUUAAACAUAGCAGUGAUCACAUCUAAACAAAUAUGUUUUCAGUGCUUCAUAAAUACAAGAUGAUGAAAAUAUGCAGCGUAUAUACUGAGCCCAAGUUAAUCUCUAGAAUUUGAUGUUGCUCAGUAGUGCCAAGUUACUUAUCCGUUCCUGGUGGGAUUUUUCCCAUAAAUCAUCCGUUGUUUUGAUAAAUUAGUUUUUCUUGUCCCACUGAGUUUCAAAAGUAUAGAAUCACUGACAUGGCAUAAAUGCCAGCCUUGGAUAUGAGCAAUAGUUUAGUCUUUCAGUUUGAUGCAAAUCUUUCCAUUUCAUUCUGUUGGAUCGUGUAUAUUUUUCAGUGGAUUCUGUAUGUAAAGUGUACAUUGUAAAAAAUAAUAUUAUGGGGAGGGGUCUAAAAUUCCAAAACCUUGAUAUUGCUUUUGAAAUCUUGUAGUAAAAGUUGCUGCUGGUUUGACUGGCAUGAUGCUGACCCAGCCUAGUGUCUCAUAUCACUUAAAAUAGCCUUGGUGUUUUGAUAGGUGUAGAAGCAGUAUUAUAACAGGUGUUUUUCCACAGCGUGAUCAAAGUGCAGAUUUUGUUCAUUUUUGAAAUAACAUUGUACAGAAUGAAGUAAUUUACUUUAAGGGCAGACAAAUCGUGUAAUGUUUGGGUCAGCUCAGAGCAAAUAAUAUUAUACCCAGGACAGUGGGAUAGAAUUGAUCAAUUCUAAGUUGGGAGUAGAUGCUUGGCAGCUCACAGAUCAAUGCUUCACAGGGUGGGCUGGAAGUGGUGUUAACGGUGAACCUGAUCAGAUCUCUGCAUAAGAGAAUUUGUAAUAAUCUUUCUUGGAUAAAGUAGAUUUUUUUUUAAGCUGUGAUCCUUCUGGUUGGAUGACAAACCAGCUCUCACUGUCUGGUGAGGAACAUGUCUGCUAUCUGUAAAUGUUCCAUUGUUUUUAUCAAUUGAAAAAAAAAAUCUAUAAUUGCUAUUCAGGUACACUAUGAAGGGCUAUUUUGAAAAGUGCUUCCUCUAGAUGUAGCACGGUUUUGUAGUUUGGCUUCUUGUAUUCUGUUAGUGUGGUGUUCACAAUGUGAUUGCCUUAUAUGGUGCACUGUACCUUUUUUAUGCUAUGUAUUGCUGUUUGUAAAUUUAAAUCAAUUUCUAACAUGGGGGAUAUGGAUUGGAAAAGAAGCCACAGGUAAAAGGUUGAUGGCUGCAUUAUCUUCCUCUUUUCCAAAGAUUAUUAACAUUCCAUGCUGAAUUGGUCAUAAAUGUUUGAAUGGAUGUAAGUACAGACCCAAGGCUGAAAGAAUCAAAUGCAAAACAAAAUGAUUUCAAUUGGUACAUACAGCAGAAAUUAGUUGAUAUAUGGAGCUUUGAAGUGGAUUGGUUCUCUAGUUCUGUACACAAAGUGCUGGAGUAACUCUGGGUCAGGCAGCAUCUGGAGGACAUGAAAAUGUGCCUUUUGGGUUGGGACCUUUCAUCAGUAGAGCUGUCUGUGUUCUAUACAGGAUUCCAGCAUCUGUAGUUCCAUGUGGCUUUGUUUUUCAGAUUGAGAACAAUCCUCCUCAAAAUAGGUGGAAUCUUCAAACUAGGUUGCCCUUUUUAAGAAGCUAUUUUAGUAACACAUUGGGAUCAUAUUCAAACAGGCACUUUUAUUUGAUGUAACAGCCUUGGCUCAGUACAUGGAACAGUCACCUUUUCCUCUUCAACACAGAAUGUGCAUGUACUUUACUCAAGUAAUCCGUAAUAUUUAAAAUGUAUCCUAAAUAUAAGGGAAUGAAUCCUUAUUUGAACAA